GCGGCGGGUAUAUAAGCGACUGAACGACAAGUAACUUCAUAACGACACAAUUCCUCCGUUAGACCGCGGCACAUACAUUCCAUCACUCUCUACCUACCUACCUACCUACCUACCUACCUGUCUGCCUAUCUGCCUGCGGAGAGUUGCAGGGAUGCUUCUUACCACGUGCGUGUUCCAGCUCGCGCUCUUCUGCCUUAUUAUAAGUAACUGUCAAGCUGCCAAGAACAGCGCAACGGAAAAGUUAAACCCUCAGUUGAUCAGUACGGUCCAGGAUACACCGAGUAGUAAUGUAUCAAUGAAUCGAGCACGCAACGGAGGAAGGCGUUUGACCAGCGCUGCGCGGAAAGAGCAGGGUCAGGCACAGAGCCAGGUGGGCUGCAGAGAGCUGCGUUCCACCAAGUACAUCUCAGAUGGUCAGUGCACCAGCCUGAACCCGAUCAAGGAGCUGGUUUGUGCUGGGGAGUGUCUUCCCUCCCACCUGCUGCCCAACUGGAUCGGCUCAGGUCCCGGGUACACCGGGAAGUUCUGGAGCCGGCGGGAGGCCCAGGAGUGGCGCUGCGUCAUCGACCGGACACGGACCCAGCGCAUCAGCCUGCAGUGUCAGGACGGAAGCUCCAGGACCUAUAAGAUCACUGUGGUUACCUCCUGCAAGUGUAAACGCUACUCCAGGCAGAACAAUGACUCUGGGAAUGGGAAGUCAGAGCUGGAGGUGAGGCAGGCCCAGGGCCAGGGCUCCACACUCCAGGGGCCCAAGAGGAGGAAGGGAAAGGAAGGGAAGAAUGGACGUUCUGGGCAGGAGGACUGGGCAGAAGAACAGCCUAAAAAAUACUGAACUGAGCCCUCUGGCCAGGGGGGCUCUGUACAUCUAUGAGGGGUUGGAAUGUCUCUCUGUGCCCCCACUUCAGAAACAACACCAACAGACACUAGUUUUGUUUAGAAGACACCAAUGUGUUUGCUGUAUUUAAUGCAGCUAUAUGGAGAAGGCUAUGGAAUGAUUCCUCAGACAGUGCAACUGGUUUGGCAAAUAUUGACCACGGUGGAUGUGUUUGUGAAUGUAUGUGUUUUUGUAUGACAGAAUGAGCCUAGAUCAAAUCGCACAAGAACCGCAUUUGACAACUAAGAUGAGGAGUUCUCUCAACAGCUGAAUAUGUUGUCCAAAUCAUAAUGUUUAGAUUAACAGAAAAUGCAAGAGUAUGUAUAUAAAUAGUGAUUCUAUACUCUGGGUUACUUUUCAAAGUAUGUAAAGGAUUACUAUGACAAUGUAAUAUAUUUUUGUAUGGGGAUAACUGAACUAAAUAUAAAUAAGUUCAUGUUUUUAUAUAUUUGCUAGAUUCCAUGUAAUCACUUUCAGGACAAAUUGUGUCUCAAAUGAUUUGCCUAGGAUAAUGAAAUAAAUAGUGUCUACUAUGAUUAGAUCACCGAUUGAAUAUAAAAAAUGACUUUUCCUUAAUAAUUAGUAUAAUAUGUUUUUUACUUGUCAAUAAAUUGUGCUUUAAUCAUUAUUAAUGAAAUGCUUUGAGCAUAAGGCCACAGACAGAGGAGCUAUAACUUCACAGGAAACAGGAAGUCAGUAACAACAGAGGCAUAAUAAAAUGUUAUAUUGAGUCUAAUACAAGCUCUACACUCUGCAGGAAUCCCCUCUCCUCCAGGCUAUUGGGCCUGUUCCAGUCAGCGGCUACAUGGUAACAUAAAUGAUUGUAUCAGAUAUCCCUUCAUUGUAUCAUCGUAAAAGCUAUGUAUUUGGUACUUGCUGUGCAAGUACUAUGGGGAAGUUACGCUUUCCUCAAAGAGCAUUGGGAACGCUUGAUAUUUGUAGUUAGGGGAUGACAGCUCAUUUUGGUAUUAGGACAGAGUGGUUCUACACCUGACAGUACCAGAGUAGUACAGAGUGGUGCAUUCCAUGAGGGAGAAGCAUAGGGAAAUCAUGUCUGUGAAUCUCAGAACGGAGCUGGCGUCAUUGACACAAUAAUACAAGGCUUGUAAAACGUCCUCUCUGUAAUUAUCCCUGAUUACAUAUUCUCCUCCUGAGUAGCAGAGUAAGACCACCUAGCUUUAUUUAUUACUGUAACUACCACAAACACGCUGUAAGAAACGCCCUUACAAGAAACAGAAAGUGAUCAAAAGGUCAUGGGCCACGUUUCAACUCGUAUUUGCAAAGUCAAUCUGCAGUCACAUCUCUCUCUCUGUCUCUCUCUGUCUCCCUCUGUCUCUCUCUGUCUAUCUCUGUCUCUCUCUGUCUCCCUCUGUCUCUCUCUGUCUAUCUCUGUCUCUCUCUGUCUCUCUCUGUCUCUCAUAUACUUUCUUGACAUGGAAAGUAAAACACUUAUAUUGUCAAAGUAAACAUAUAACAACCAUGGUCAAAGACAGGAAUAUACCAGACUGUUAGGAAUAAUAGGCAAAGAUGAAUAAUCACACUGUAUUUUUCACUAGUUGGCCCUCAGGUUGUCAGGAGGCCACAAAUGUGGCUGCCAAAACACAGCAUUUCGUUUUUUCACCAAGUAUGUAUUUAAGAUUGUCUUUAUAAUUUAGGUUUUCAAAUUCUUCGUAUUGUUUUAUAAUUUAGGGAAGAAUGUAUUUCUUAUGUCAGAAUAUCUGUCACAAUUUGACCCUCCUCCUGAGGGCAGAAUGAGUCUGUACAUACAGUAGUUAGCAUCAGUCAAAGUGGCCAGAUAGCCUGUCACCAUGUAAUGUCUGUGUGGAGCCAAAUAGCAUUGAAGUUUACUUCGAUUCCAAUAGGUGAUAUAUUUUUAUUUUUGCUUUGCGAUAAUUUGGUUGGGCCAUAUUUUCUGAGUGCUGUCCUGAGGCUUUGUUGGGUGUGUAGUGGUUAGUGAAUUGAGCCUCAGGACCAGCUGUCUGAGGGGACACUUCUCUAUGGUCACCUCUUGGCAGUUGAGGGCUUUGUAAUGGUAGGAGUGUUUAUAAAUUAUUUUAAAACUUGGUGGCUCUUUUUCGGAUAUUAAUCAUGUAUGUCUAAUUUGAUAGAUCUUUUAAUAGCAUAGAAAGCCCUCCUUGCUUUGUCUUUCAGUUCACGGCCAGGUUGGAGUUGCCUGUGGAGCUUCUUUUUUUGUCCCAAAUAUGUGUAAGUGUUUGUUCUGUAUCAGUGGAGCCCAGUAAAAAUGUAUCUUGGUUUCACUGACAUCAAGAUCUUUUCUGGAAUAUCAUAAAGUUAGUUUUUUAUUUUGUUGAUUGGCAGGGCCCAGGUCUAACAGAACUGUUGCAGAUGAUGUCAUUGUUGCUGUAGCCCCUCUGUUUGUGGGACAGCAGCACCAGGUCGUCUGCAUACAGGAGGCAUUGUAUUUCUGUGUUGUUAAUAGUGAGCCCGGGAGAUGUUGAUUGUUGUUGUGUUUUUGAAAAUCCAUUCAUGUAUAUAUUAAAUAGACUCGAGCUCAAAUUGUUCCCCUGUUUCAUUCCACGGCCUUGGGAAAAUAAAUGUGUAUGUUUAUUUCCAAUUUUGACUGCACAUUUGUAUUUGUAUACAUUCCUUUGAUGACAUCACAUGUUUUUCCAUCCACGCCACUUUCAAUAAAUUUGAAUAAAAUGC